AUGAGUGCUAUAUCCGUAAAUAACGUUACGUUUAAAUACCAUCGGAAUAAUGUGCUUGAUAACUUUUGCGCUCAAGUAAACGCCGGUGAAAUAUAUGCCCUGCUAGGACCGAGUGGUGGCGGGAAAACCACCUUGUUACGAUUAAUACUGGGUCGUAUGAAUGUGCAACAUGGUGUGAUCGAGGUGUUUGGCCAACAACCGGGCGCUUCCAACCGCCGGAUCAGUUAUAUGCCACAGAAUAGUGCACUUUGUAUGCAAUUCACUGUUGAACAGACUCUUCAGUAUUUUAUGCAUAUUUAUAGGAUAUCUAGCGCUGAGUUUUCCAACAGAUACACCAAACUCCAAAAACUACUAGAACUACCAGAAAAUGAAUGCGUGAUAAACAGCCUGAGCGGUGGCCAACUAAGGCGACUAUCGCUAGCCUGCGCCCUAUUAAACAAUCCGACCAUGGUCAUACUGGACGAGCCCACAGUGGGCAUAGACCUACUCAUAAUACACAACAUAUGGAAAUACCUAAACAUGCGGUGUAGGGACGGACUGACCAUAUUGUUUGUCACUCACUAUAUAGAAGAGGCGACCAAUGCUCACAAAGUGGGACUCAUGAGGAAUGGCAGGCUAUUGGCCGAAGAGAAUCCGCGCAAAAUGAUCGACCGCUUUAAGGAAACCUCGUUGGAAAAUCCAAUUGUCAGCGCCUAUAGUAAACCUAUGGACACAAAGCCAACGCCACUACUCGAAACACUAAUGUUUAAUCUAUGGAUUAUAAUGAUACUAAUCAAACGCAAUCUAUUGAAAUACAGUCACAUGAACUGCGCCCUAAUCUGUAUACUACUGCCGGCCACUCAAGUGGUCAUCUACUGUCUGGUCUACUCCCGACCCCUCAUUGAAAUCACGGCCGCCGUGUAUAACGAGGAGCGGCCUCUAAUGGGAGAGCCGUCGGGUUAUAGCACUGAAUUACUGGACUCGUUAGUACCGGUAGAGCGUCACGUCAUACGUCCGGUGCUGUACCCGACUCUCACAGCUGCUAUAGAGGCGGUGACCAACGGCUCGGCUGUCGGCGCCAUUUGGUUUAAAGCCAACUACUCGGACAGUCUGGACGAGCGACUGGACGCCCCUAUGGGCGCCGAUCUGGACCCAGACACAAUUGACACGGGCUCAGUGCACACAUACGUAGACAACUCGCACAUCAUGUUUGGUCAGGCGUUUCAGCACUCGCUAAGCGAAAGUCUAUUGCGUCUGUUGGCGGGUCUGACCCGCGACCGAAACGGGCCCAACAUUGAGAUACCCAUACGGGUGGAGAAGACCCGCAACACAGAAGGUCUGCUUAUUAAGGACACGGGACUGUCGGCCAAUUUGAUAUUUUACAUAUACCUGUCCCAAAUGAUUUUGUCAUCACUCGUGUUGACCCAAGAGCGCAAGGAUGGCCUCUUUGAACGCUCACUAAUAGCCGGUGUGGCCCACCAUCUGGUUGUACUCUCCCAUCUGUGUACCAACUUUAUGAUCGCCCUUGUU